CGGAAAUGAAACCCGAAGGAGCUGUGUUUCAUUCUCAGAUAAAUUUGACAAACCAAGAUUUCUUAAGACAAAGGAAAAUUUUUCUUUCUUGACCCACCUACGAUUAUACUACGGUGACCACGACAGGUUUUUAAUCUCCUCUAUUAAGAUGUCGAAUGAUCGAAGACCUACAGCUGUGACAAGGGUGAUACCAAUCCCCAAAGACAAAGUUGGACUUGUCAUUGGAAGGAGAGGAUCAAGAAUACAGGAAAUCAGCGGGCAAACCGGAGUCCAGAUAUCAAUUAAUAAAGAAAAUCAAGCGCACCUAAGAGGCACGGUAGAACAAUGUCAAAAUGCAGAAAAGUUAAUAAAGGAAAUCGUGACGGUAAGGGCUCAUUAGUGGGUAAAAGGAGGCCGAGUGUCUGUAUCUAACUCAGUGUCAAUUGAGCUGUUCUAGAUUCUGUACAUUGGAUGUUUUUGUUUUCGAAUUAAAAAGAAAACUUUAAUCAAAGGACCAAGGGGGUUGUAAAUCACCCACAAUGGUAGGUAUUUUUAUAAAGUAUAAAUGUAAUAUUGGUAUGAGGUGGCUAUCUUACCGCAAGUUUUCUUCAGCCUGCUGCUUUUAAACUCUCUAGAUCCGUCAUUGAACUUCCCUUGAUUUCAUAAGAUACAAACCUUUAAAUAUCACUGAUUGCAUAUGUUAUACAUAUGAAUUCUCAAAAGUUUCAAAGCUCGUGUUUAUUCUCUCUCCCCAGAUUUUUUUUAAGUCUAAAUUCGGUUAUGUCUUUACGGUUAUGUCUGAUCCGUAAGGUGCUCAAAACAACGAAAAAGGCGGGUUUAAGAAGCUCCAUGUUGAUAUACCUGACAAAUUCAUGGGCGCCGUCAUCGGAAAAGGAUAUGAGAAGUUGAACAAUAUCUCAACUAAGACUGGCGUAACUCUAAAAGCCUUCAGGGGCAGCCCUGGCCUGUACUUCAAAGGAUCGAGAGAGGGCGAAAAAAAAGCGAUACGAGAAGUAAAGGAAAUUGUGGUGAGUGUGCAUUGGUCCCCCUGUUGUGAUUAUGUUAGUUUUGGUUUUACGACACUGGAUACAAAACGCACCCAGAAGACUUCUUUUAUACUGGCAGGCUUAAUUAUCAAUCUUUUGUGCGCAGGUGAAAAAAAGGGUCAGAACAUACUCCUCACCUCCCCUUGAGGGAAAAAUUCUUACGUUGUUUUCCAUAUGUUGUAAAGACUAGUUUACAUAAAUGUAAUAAAAUACAAAGGAGACUACCCCUUUUAUGAAAGACAUCCUAAGGCCUCGUAACAAAGGCAAUCCCUCUUCAAAUUAUCUUAAAAUUUAAGAUAUGUUCACUUCUCGUGCUACUUGAAUGUCUUCGUAGGAACGAGUGAGUAUUUCAGUGUGGGUUACCUUCGCAACAUGACAUCACACUUUCCUCUAGUAUCUCCAAAAACAAAAGAGAGCUCAAGAAAGUUCUCGUUAGGAGAUUAGGGAUUCAUUGACCUGACGGCUUUCUUGGUAUUGGACGUAGGUCUGUUGUGAUGCACCAUUUGCAAUUAACGGUUUUCUUUUCAUUUAAGAAUCUUGCAAUCAAACGUUCACGGAACGUUAAACCUCCAGAUAGGUUUGUUUACGUGGACACUGCUCAGCUAGAAGAAAACCACGAGUUUGAGCUGCAGAAGUUAGAAUCAGAUCAAGUCACCGGCUCUGGAAAUAAGUCCUUCCGACUGAAGCUACUGGAACAUCCACGAGGAAAGGUCUGCCUGAUUUUUCGCUGAUCUUGUAUAAAAAAACGACUGUCUAACCCCAAACUAACCCUUAAAUAGAGAAAGUGAUUCAUGCAUGCAGACAUAUUGUGAAUGUUACUGCUUAAAAAAUUAAUCAUUCAAUCUCAGCAACACAGUUUAAACUACAGCAUUCACUAUAUAUAAACAUAACUAAUUUCACACGAUGAGUAGGUAUUAGAAGGUUUCGACCUAUCAUAGAGCAAGUUCCCCCUCCUACGUGUUCGCUGUAAACCUCCACAUGAAAAAGAACUACAGCCCUAGAACAAGACGCUAACUACAGAAAUUUUCUAUUUCUGUACUUGCUCUCGACACAUUUUGUCUCGCCUUUGUCAAAACAUUUUUAGAAACCAUGAAUGAACGUUUUCUGAUCCUCCUCGCCAAAAGUCGAUCCAGCUGUUCCGUUUAAAGUCGUUUCUUUUAUUUGGAAAAAUAACAUAAUGCAUGCUUAUAACUUCGGAAAGCUUGAUUUUUCAAUGAAGUCAUAACGCACAACGACUUUUAAACUGAGGGGAAUCGACUACAACGUCUAAACAAAGUGAAACAAGCGAUAAAACAAGCAAUAACCAACUGUUAUUACAAAAGACAUUGCAAUCAUCUUGUUUCUUAACAGGAAACAGAUGAUUUUGCUGACACGGACGAUCUGAAAGAAAAGAUCCGCGGAGUUUUGAGGCAAAUUCACAAAGAGAAGAUGGAAGGGGGCAAGGUUAAGAUAGAAAUGAAGAGUCGUUUCGGUCACGCCUAUAUAACCAAGAUUGAUGAAGGUGAGAAAUGUGGAAAGGGAGGACAACAAGGUAGAAGAAUAAAAAGCAUAUGAAUUUAUCAAAAUAUCUCUGAUGAAGUAUCUUAAAUCGAAUUCCGGAAGAUUCACGAAAAUGCACGGUUCUCUAACUAACAUAAAAGUGGAAUGUGGAGGUGUUAAUCUAAGAUUUUCUUUCUUUUGUUUUUCUGUACUGCAGAUGAAGAGAAAGAUACUUUUACUCUGAAGGAGAUCAAAGAAAGAAUUGAAUCUACGGAUGACAAGAGCUGGAAGCCGUCCUUCAAGGAAGGCGUCUUGAGAAUGGAAGUUGAGGCAAUUGAGAGGGGCCUUGAAUCUUUCGCAUCAACUGAAGAUAUCAGAUAUGACUUCACAUUCUACACUCCUUCUUGCCGAGAUAUUCGUGUUAAGGUAUUUUAAGUCUGUAAAUAGAGUAGAUAAGAACAUCCAUUUGUAUCGUAUGAUCCUUUUCAUCAUCUGACGAUGGACUUGGAUUGUCCUUUCUUGUAAAAAAAGACUUUCAACUUCUGAUCAAACACUUUCGAGAUUCGCCAAACAGAAAAUUAAGAGGGGUAUUCUCGUUUAUAUCUGCAAGGUUCAGUGAAAACUAUACGGUCUUUAAGGAAUCCGGACAGUUUGUUCUUAUUAGGGACGUUAAAUAUAUGUUGUUAAAGUCUCUUAAAUUGUGUUCUACCUCUUAAUUAAAGGAAUAAGUCUCCCGUAGCUGAGGAACUGAGACACCAAAAAACUGUCACUUGUUUUAGAGAAGCCUGUCUACUUCCCUGAAUAAAGACUAAUUGGAAUUAGUUUUCAAUUCCCUAAAUUUCUUGCUUCUCUCUUUGUGCCAGGCAUGGCUGGUGAAGGAACAUUCUGAGGACGAGGGUGCUACAGCUCCUUCGCUAAUGUUCUCUCGCAAUGCUCCUAUUCCCGUCAAAAACGUCUUGACUCGUGUGUUAUCCGAAGACGAGACCGGGAGUACAUCGAACGAAUCAUGCUUCUACCUGUGUUCUCAGUUUCAACAAAGAAUGAGAGCAGACAUUUUGAUACCUUCCAAGGGAUUUGACUGCCGUUUGUCGAUUAGAACAUGUGAGUCUGUGAAGUAUGACAAAAGAGACGUAAUAAACAGCUUCUCACAGCUCUCAGCGGCAUUAACUUUUAAUUUCUUGAGUUUUUUUUAUUGUGAAUGGAAAACUUACCGCGAAUGACAAUAAAAAAGGAAGAAAAAAGCAAAAAGAGCGAAAUAUUGGAUGAUAUUUGCCAUCAGUUUUACCGACCAAAAAAUAAUUAAUGAAAGCAGCUUACAGCACUGAGUAGCGUUUUUGACUCCAUGAUUUAUUCCUCUGAACCUCAGAAGAAAGGUUCAUAUCAUGAAGUCAAAAACGCUUGACUCUGUAAGGGACUAGUUUUCACGGAGAGUAACACUGAAAGAAAAUAAUGGAAGGAACUAAGUAUGGGCUUCUGUCUAACGUUGUUGCACAGCCAGUCCACCAGCCAGACUGCCAGCCAGUCUGCCAGCCAGUCCACUAGCGAGUCUGCCAGCCAGUCAGCCAGCCAUCCGUCAGCCAGUCCACCAGCCAGUCCUCCAGCCAGUCUACCAGCGAGUCCGCCGGCCAGUCCACCAGCCAGUCUGCCAUCCAGUCAACUAGCCAGUCUGCCAACCAGUCUUCCAGCCAGUCUGCCAGCCAGUCAGCUAGCCAAUCCGCCAACCAGUCCUCCAGCCAGUCAGCUAGCCAGUCCGCCAGCCAGUCCACCUGCCAGUCUGCCAGCCAGUCCGCCAGCCAAUCAGCUAGCCUGUCCACCGACCAGUCUGCCCUCCAGUCAGCUAGCCAAUCUGCUGGCCAGUCCACUAACCAGUCUGCCGGCUAGUCCUCCAGCCAGUCAGCUAAUCCACCAGCCAGUCAGCUAGCCAGUCCGCCAACCAGUCCGCUAGCCAGUAAACUAGCCAAUCUGCUAACCAGUCCGCCAGUCAAUCCGUCAGCCAGUCUACCAGCCAGUCCUCCAGACAGUCAGCCAGCCAGCCAGUCUACCAGCCAGUCUGUCAGUUAGUCAGCUAGCCAGUCUUUUAGCCAAUCAGCUAACCAGUCAGUUAGCCAAUGUGCCAGCCAGUCAGCCAGCCAUUCAGAUAGCCAGUCUGCCAGCCAUUCCUCCAGCCAGUCUGUCAGCCAGUCCGCUAGCCAGUCCUCCAGCCAGACCGCCAGCCAGUCCACCAGCCAGUGUUAAAUGUCAGCUUUGAAACCAGUUAGCUAUCAAGUGAGUUGUUUCGUUAGCGAUUGACUAUUCUACAUUUUAAGUUCUUUCUUUUUUUUUCUAAUUGUUUAAUUUUGUUUCGAUUUUUUAUGAAAAAGACGGACAUUCAUCUACAUUGUAAAGAAUGGGAUAAUGCUUUUGAUGAAGGAGACUGGGAACCAGAGCAGAUCGCUGCUAAGCUACCGGCGUUCCUAAAAUUUCUGAAACAAGUUCAGACACACGUGGCCCCACAUGAAGAGGCUAUUGGAGACGAAUUUUAGCCAAACGUAAUUGAAGAGCAGGUUAAAUCUAUGGUACUUACAGAGAUCAAUUACUAAAAUGUGAUGGAUUAACAUGUAUGCGGAGAAUACAUGUCAGUGUAUUGUCCGUAUUAUUAUCACCACUUAACUAAUGGACGUAUAUAGGAGAAACAGUUGUAACAACAUAGACAAUGAACAAUGCAAUAUUGACUUAAAGUUUUGAAUAAUUAUUCUUGAAUAAAACGAUGAAACACAGCUGUGUAUAUAUUAUGGUCACAGCCAAUAGUUUUUCGCAAAUGCGAAAUGUGUAACGAGUACAUUAGUUAAAAAAGAACUUUUAAUUCUUGCAAGCAAUUGAUUUUAAAAUAUACAAACGCUUCCAAAAAAAUUGUUCUCAUUUAUAUGAGGAUUAACGACAAACUCUACUUUAAACUAAAAUUAUCAAAAACCAAACUCUG